AUAUGCUUUGCAUAUGAUUGGCAUUGGAGAGGGGAAGGGAGUGCGCGAGGACGAAUAUUGACCUGUCCUGCCCCACGUUGGACGAAGGAAAAGCUCCUGAGGCGCAAGCAAAUAUCUCACCGUCUUCUAGAGACCUUGCCACACCCUUUCCUGAUUGUAGACCGGCCCUUGGGCAAAGAAGCAUUAUCAAGAAGGCAGAAAGCCUUUUUGCCAAAGUGCUCAAUGUGAAAACUCAGUGGUAAUGUUUCAAUCAGCUUCGAAAUCCUUUUUCGUAGACCGGAGUCUGCAGCGCAUAAGAACAGCCUCUGUCGACCACCCGGCGGCCAUCAAUGCGCACCCCGAAAUCCGAAUGCAACUGCACGAUACUCUCUACGAUUGGAAGCUGGCCGAAACUUCAUGAUGUGGCUGUUAGCACUCUGGCACGACGAGAGGUCGUUCGCCGAGACAGGAGCCAGAUUUCAAAGGGUAUGCCAGGCAGUGCUCCACUUGACGAAGUGCACGAGUACGUGAGAAUGAAGGCCAACCUCAACGGGACCCUCACAGUCCAUGAAUAUGAUUCUGCCCUCUUGGACUGGGCUAGUGCUGUAUGACCCUGCAAGGGCAUGUUUUCACAACGCUGGAUGAAGGGCAGUCAGUGGCCAAAGCCCUUCGUACCAAAAUCAAUAACAGCACCUGCAAG